AUGAGUGAAUUUGUGGAAGAAGAUAUCGAAGGUUUGCUUCCUGUUUUCGAGACAUUAAGAGAUGUUCAGUUAUUAUCACCUACUGAAAUUGAUGCAUUUGUCAAACGUUGCCAGUUCUUCGAAUAUCGUCUUCAAAAGCCUCGGAAAGAUCCAUCGUCGUUCAAAGGAUAUACCGAUUAUUUGGGAUCGAUUAUGAAGCUUGUUCGAAUGCGACGGAAACGAUUGAAUUACAGGUUGAGAGAAGAUGAAAUUGAAGGCAAAAUCAUCAUCAAAGUUGCCAAUCUGCUGCGACAGUGUUGUGAACGAUUUCAGGGGCGGGCAGAGCUUUGGUUUGAUUUGAUCGGAUUUUUGAAGGAAGAGAAAAUGUAUAUCCGAUGCAGUAAAGCGUAUUUCCGCGCAAUGCAGCUCUUUCCAAGGAAUUCUGCUUUACGAAUUCAAGCGGCUCGAUUUGAAUAUUCAGUCGAACAUAGAAUAGAGUGCGCACGUUGUAUAAUGCAAGAGGGGAUUCGGUUGAAUCCUACAGAAUGCAGUUUAUGGACGAAUUUUGUUCACCUGGAAUUAGAUCAUGUCAAAUGGUUGAUUACUCGAAAGAGUAUUUUGACGGGAAAAGGGUAUCAUUUGCCAUGUACUGAGGAGAAAGAACUGGAAGUGGCAGCUGAAGCGCAGAAAACUCCAGAAAUGAAAGUAAAUAUAAAAGAAAAAAGUGGACAGGAUGCAGUUUUGGGUCUUCGAGUCGUUGAAACAAUCAUUAAUGAGGCCUUGGAAUGUUGCGUUUCAGGACGAAGUGCAAUGCUACUGAAUUUUUGGAGAAUUAUGAAGAAAUAUGGUCUGGUGGCAUGUCAUCUGGUAGAAAAAUUGUAUGAUAUGUUAUGGACGCCGAAGUAUAAAAGUGAAGAAAGUUGGAUUGCAAAAUCGGAAUUAAUGAAUUACGACCAAUAUUCUCUCUACGAAUUGUUUGACAAAGCUUGUGAGGAUAUACCAACUGAAAGGAUGCAUCGACAUUAUUUGACUCUUUGUCAAAGACAUUAUUCAUAUGAUGGUGAUGCAGAUGCAAAAGAGAAGUUUCGUGAACAGCUUUUCUGGUUGAUUAGUAGAGGAUAUGGGACAGAUAUGGAUGUUAGAAAAUUCAAUGUGCUGGUAGAAAGUUCCGAAGAAAAAGAGAAAGUUUUGGAUGAGGCAGUGAAAAACAAUCCGGAAAAUGCAUUUUUAUGGAUGAUGUUAUUGCAGUGCAAAAUAAAAUCCAACCCGACAGAUGUGGAAACGAUACGUAAAUUGUUCAAUAAAGCAACACGAGAAGCAUAUGAUGGAAGUUAUGGUCUUGCUAGCAUGUACAAAGUAAUCAUCGAUUGGGCGCAUCAGUACUCGGAAGAUGAUGUGGAUGAUUUUUUCAGACAAGCUACUUUUCGUACAACACCGAAAGUUGCAUGUCAAAUGCGUUGUGUUCGUUUGAAUUACAUGGCUUCUGUUUAUCAUGACAGACCUAAUAAACUAAGGGAAGAAUAUUUCCUGUUUGCAAAACAUCCACCAAACAGUAUUGAAGUUCAUCAAACAUUUAUCAAGCUUGAAUUAAAAUCAAAGCAAAUGUCAGUCGAAUUUGUUGCACAGGCUUUUGAGUUAAUGAUUGUAGAAUUUGGAAGAAAGGCACACGAAUGUUGGAUUGACUAUGCGAAUUUUAUGUUGAAAUAUGAGCCACUCACGUUACAAACAAUUCAUAGGCGCGCUAUGGCCUCAUUGGUAUCAGAUGAAGUCGAACUAUUUCUGGCAGCUUAUAAUAAAUUGCUGCAAAAUUCUGUUAGUAAUUAUACUGAAUCAGAUUCCGAUACGGAAAAGGAUAUUGAAAAUAUUGAUCUUAUUGAGGACGACGACGAUGAUACUGCAUAA